AUGGCAGACGUCCAGAGGGUGCAGAAGAAGACCAGCACCAUGUCUCUGACCAUCUCCUCCUCCUCCUCUGCAUCUGCCACUCGAGAGCUCCUCUCCAGCUCCUCGGGCACCUCCUCUUCCUCCAGCCUCCUGGCUCAGAGACACUCCGGCCUUGCGCAGCCGCCGUGUGUCAGCCCUCAAAGGACUCAGAGUCCCAUCUACAAUCAACAGCAUUCAGGGAAUGCAGUGGCUCCUACAUUUGUUAAGUGUCUGCAUGAGGUGUCCACAGUGAAGGGCCAGCUGGUGGUGCUGGAGUGCAGACUGAGGGGAACUCCACCUCUGCAGGUCAUGUGGUACAGAGAGGAUGAAACAAUACUGGACUCAGAUGAUUUUAGGAUUCUACGCAAGAAGGCAAGUUCUGCAUCAGUGCCAGAGGAGCUGUGCACACUGGUGAUCACUGAAGCAUUUCCAGAAGACUCAGGCCUGUUUAAAUGUGUGGCCCACAACUCGUUUGGCACCAUUUCCUGCUCAGCAAUACUGGAAGUUUUUAAUGACCUGGAGGAGCAGCUGGAGAUCGAGGCCAUUCGUCAGCAGGAAGCAGUUCCUCUCCAACAGGAAAACGAGGCCGUGUUCCAACAGGACAUGUCCACCAGUCUGGGCAGUGACGACUUCCCCCCUCCGCUGCCCGACUCUAUGUACUUGCCCCCUCCUGAGUGGCCCGACAGCCCUUUAGAAGAUAGCAUGCCUGCUGCGGAUGCAUUGUAUAUGAUGCUGAGGACCAAUCAGCGGGGUCAGCGCGCUCACGUCCCAUGGCGUUCUCGUCGUGAGCGCGCGCUGUCACCUGUGGCGCGGCAGGCUCGUGCCCCUCUCGGAGUGCGGGUCGCGCCUCGCGCAGGGAGUCAGUGUGAGGAGGGGGACGCGCCGCUGACACCUCCGACGAGUUUUCCAGCGCCUCAGCCGUCCAACCACUCCUCUGAAAGACCCUUCAGUCAAGGCGAGGAAGAGUUCAUUGCCUUGAGCUCAGAAGGCCAAAGGUCACCAGAGGUUGCAAUCCAAGGCUGUACACCCAGCCCCCCCCUGCCACCCUCACCACCACCAGAAGCUCCAGACAAGGAAAAAGCUCAGACACCCAAGCUGUUCAGCCCAAGCAAGCUCAAUUUAAAUUCCUCCCAGUCAGGAGGCAACAACAUGAACCUGUCAGACCUGCCGACCUUCAAGCCGAGCACCUUCCCUCCCAGUGCCUUCAACUAUGAGCGACCGAGGCAUUUCAUCCAGUCGCAGGCGUCCUUCCAGGCACCCAGCUAUGAGAGUGUGGAGAGGGAGGCUCAGGAGUACCAGAAUAACUCCCAACAGAACCUCAACAGCUCCAAGAAUAGUCUCGGUGUCACAGAGACACAGAGUCAAGCAACAAUCAAGUCAUCACAGAGUCAGUCAUUUUCUCAAACCCAGUCAGUGUCAAAGUCCUUGUCACAGACCCAGUCCCAGUUUCAGUCUCUCAGCCUAAGUCAGAACCAGUCCCAGUUUCAGUCUCCCAUCCUAAGUCAGAACCAGUCCCAGUUUCAGUCUCCCAGCCUAAGUCAGAACCAGUCCCAGUUUCAGUCUCCCAGCCUAAGUCAGAACCAGUCCCAGUUUCGGUCUCUCAGCCUCAGUCAGAACCAGUCCCAGGCUUCUGCCCAGAUACAGAUUCAGACCCAGGCCAAUGGAAUGGGCAAGUCCUCUCCCUCCUCCUCCAGCCUCAGCUCUCCCAUCUCCACCCCGGCCUCCUCUGCUGUGCCUCCAUUUUCCUCCACCGCCCCACUGCUAAGUCCCACUGCUACCACCCCCUCAUCCUCUGCUGCUUCCUCCCCUUUCCCAGCCUCCCCCUUAUCCUCUCUCCCCCGCACGACCAUGCGCUCCACUAUCACCCUCACCCCCAGUGUCCCUAGUGCCACCGGCCUAGGCAGUGCCACCCUGCCGGCCAACCAGGAUACCAUGUCAGCACCCGCCGCGUUCCUCUGCUCUGUGCUGCCCUCCCCUUUCUCCUCAUCCAAACUGUCUCCCAACUCCAACCUUCCUUUUCCCUCCACCUCCCCCUCCCGCUCCCCCUCUAGCCCUCUGCUACCCAUAAGGAUGUCCCCCUCACCUUCCUCCAUCUCUCAGCCGCCUCCCCCAUUUUCUCCCUCCCUACCUCGCUCCCCUCUCUCUCCCUCCUUCCCUCUGCAACAACCCAGCACUCCCAACAGUCAGAACAGAGUCCCGCCUGCUGUGGUCUCUCUACCUGCCGGCUACAAGGUGACGCCUAACAUCCUCCCCAAGCCCAUUCUGAAGAAGUCUGUAGCUCCUCGGCCUUCUUCUCGUUCAACAGAUGAAGACAUCGCGGGCUCCAAAAACGCUCUCAUGCAGGAUCUGGAGAACAAGCUGCGCUCAAAGGAGGCCAGGAGGAGAACUAGCCAGAAACUGUCCUAUGAGGAGCGCAUGGCUCGUAGGCUGCUGGGUCCAGACAACGCCAACUACGUGUUUGACCAAGACAAUCUUUCAGACUCACAACUCGACCAGCCAGAAUCACCAGAAGGAAGACACACAGGUGGACUAUGGGGGAGGCAGCACUCAGGGAGAGAUGAGAGGGGAAAUGAGGGGUCGGCCAUCCAGGAGAAGUGUUAUGCUCCUCGUUUCCUACAGAUUCCCUCAGACCUCACUGUGGAGGAGGGACGCUUCUGUAGGAUUGACUUCAAGGUCGGAGGCCUCCCUACACCAGACCUCUGCUGGUACCUGGACGGCAAAGCCAUUCGUCCAGACGACUACCAUAAGAUGCUGGUGUGUGAGAAGGGGAUGCACUCAUUCAUCAUAGAGAUUGUCACUGUGCACCAUGCUGGUGUGUAUGAGUGCGUCGCCAAGAACCGAGCUGGGGAGAGCCGGUUUACCAUUAGGCUCGACGUCCUAGCCCAGGAAGCUCUCCGUCCUCCCACCUUCGUGCAGAAGAUGUUGAACUCUCGAGCUCUUGAAGGCGACACUGUUAGGUUAGAGUGUAAAGUGGACGCUUCCCCUCCUCCACAGCUGCACUGGAAGAAAGAUAAAGACAUGCUGCGCAUUGACCCCAACAGAAUGAGUUUGUACCAGGACGGUUCAGGACGGCAGUGCUUGUUGAUAGAGAGGUUGCUGAAGACUGACGCCGGCUGGUACACGCUCUCCGCCAUUAAUGAAGCUGGCAUGUCCACAUGCAACGCCAGGCUGGAUGUAGGCACUCGCAAAACCCAAGCCAUGAAAACAGCGCCCCCUGGCUCAAAGACCCUGAAGCUGCUGUCGUCUCUGAGCCACGUGCCCAUGCUGACUGUGGAGAGCCCCGCCCAGCACACCGCCCCGCUGUACGAGAGUGAAGAGCUGUAGGCCACGCCUACACAAAUCAUACCUCAUCUCUGAACUGUAGCACUGGUCCGGGGUCUGUGAUAACUGUAAUGUCCACGCAGAGACAGUUCUGAGUUAGAGGCUGGUAGCACCGCAGCAGAUGAGCACAUGUCUCAAGAGUUCUCUGGAGGCCACUCCAGAUCAGGUUGAAUAAAUGCAUCCAAACAAGCAACACUGUGGUUGAUGUACAAGGCAGAUCAGCUUGGUCACAUAUUCAAGUCACUAAGCCACAUCUGUGAACAUCUGUAAAAGGCAAAAGCUGUGAUGAAGUGUUCUUCACUAUUAUUAGAAAAUGUAUAUCUUAGUGUUGCUUACAAGCUCGCCACAAAUCGUCCUUGAACUGUCACAGGUUUAGUUAAAGUUCAGAAAUGGCCUUGUAGAGAUUGUUUCAAAUACCUCAAGUAACCCACCCUAACCUUCACGAGCACUGGUAUCCACUAUGAGGCACAAUGGUGGUCAAAUGCCCUGUUAGUAAAAGUAAUCACUCCUCAUAUUGUCCAUCUGGUGCUGUCUGCUCCUGCUGCGCUCACUCCGCCUGUUUCACAAUUGUGCAUUAUCUUGAAACACAGUGUCUAGCUCUGUUCUUUGGUCUGUACAAUACCCACAAUCCAACACUGCCAACAUCUGUCACUGCACUUUAAUCAUGACAACUGUCAGUGUCUCAUCCAACAUUUGCCCUCAUUUUCUUUAGCUUGGAGUUGUAAAGGGAUAUUUUCAUGUUUGAGCUUCGGCGUUUAAAUGGGUCUGAAUUACAGCUGCUGUUGCCUUUCAUCUUAUCUUGUGUGUCCCUGUGGUUUUAAGAGAGAUCAGAUGAUGGUCACUGCUCAGAUUCUCCGCUGUGAUAUAAAGUCAGCCUAAUAUGUGUUUUUAACGUCUGUGUCUAAUAUACAGUGUAUGUGAAUGAAACUAUUUAUUUGAGCUGAAAUAAUUAUUUGUCGUUAAUUGUCUUGCAAAGGGCUGCAGCCAGAGAUGUACAAUAUCAACGAGUUGGACAAAGAGGGACAAGCUGUCAUUACUGAGCACUAAACCAGAUCGGCACUCUCAAAUCUGAAUUAUUGACUGAAGUUUACAUUUGAUCACAUCCGCUGUGCAGAUAAAACAUGUUUUACACUUAGGAGAGAGGUUUUCUCUUUAAUGCAUGUUUGCAUCAUAAUGUUCAGUAGAAAAAUGGAGUUUCAAUCAGAAUCACUUUGUCAGCCUGUGUCCAGUUAUGCCAAACUCAACUUCUGAUCAGAGGUUCAUUCAAAAUGACGUUUCAGUAAAAGGCUUGUUUGGCCUGCUAACCUUGGAUCUGCUGGUUAUUAUUGCAAGCCAGGAGGUCAUUUCACUAAGACUAAAUAUUUCUGUCUGGAUCAGCAUGUAAACAAAAAAAUCUGUCUUUUAACCCUUUGUGGUCACAACUCAGAGCAGGAAUUUCUUUUUAAGAGCAAGAUCUAAAAUCUUCACGUGUGGGUCACAAUGUACUUAAAUGUCCCUGCUGCCCUUUUUACACUACAAACUCAUGUAUUUGGACUGGAUUCAUACAGUAAAAUUGAAAAUAUAAUUUUGUGAGAUGAAAAGUAUUAUGUCUACAGUUAUCUGAGAUGUUUAGAUCAUACAGGGUUUAACGUUGAAUUUAUUUAAAGCACCAGCAUAGUUUUGUAAGUUAGGCCCUUUCUGUUGACAGUUUGAACGCAGGUAGACGUGUGUAACUCUCAAGUAUUUGUUUGUUGUGUGAGAACCUCUGCAUAUCACCGGAUGAAUGAGGAAUAAAGUCUGUGUGACCUUG